AUGUCCUCGCUGCUAAAGCCGUUUUCGGUGUGUGAGGGGCCGUGCGAGAGCUGCGGUGUGAGGAGAGGAUGCCCGAGCUCGGCUCCGCAUCAGCAGCCUCCGUUCCAGUGUCUGGCCGCCGCGGCGGGGCUGGGCUCUCUGCCGGCCCACCAGCGGUCGUACGCGGCGAGGAGGAACCUGGCGGCUGCUGCGGUCGGAGGGAGAAAAAUCACGCAUCCCGGAAAGGCUAUACUUGCAGGUGGCAUUGCAGGAGGAAUAGAGAUCUGUAUCACCUUCCCCACAGAGUACGUAAAGACCCAGCUGCAGCUAGAUGAGAGGGCCAAUCCUCCGAGAUACAGAGGGAUUGGUGACUGUGUGAAGUUGACCGUGCAGGAUCAUGGACUCAGAGGGUUGUAUCGAGGUCUCAGCUCCUUGCUCUAUGGAUCCAUACCCAAGUCUGCAGUGAGGUUUGGCACGUUUGAGAUGCUCAGCAACCCCAUGCGAGAUGCUACAGGUCGGCUCGAUAACACGCGGAGCCUCUUGUGUGGGUUAGGAGCGGGGAUAGCAGAGGCCAUCGUAGUCGUCUGUCCCAUGGAGACGCUCAAGGUUAAGAUGAUCCAUGACCAGUGCUCUCUCAGACCUCGUUACAGAGGCUUCUUUCAUGGAGUCAGUGAGAUUAUCAGAGAACAGGGUGUGAGGGGGACGUAUCAAGGUCUGACAGCGACUGUGCUGAAACAAGGAACCAAUCAGGCCAUUCGAUUCUAUGUGAUGAACGCGCUGCGCAAUUGGUACAAAGGGGAUGAUCCCAGACGAGAGAUGCACCCGAUCGUCACGGCAAUGUUUGGAGCUACGGCUGGAGCUGCCAGUGUUUUUGGAAAUACACCUCUGGAUGUGGUGAAGACCAGGAUGCAGGGUUUGGAGGCCCACCGCUACAAAAAUACAAUGGACUGUGCCUUCCAGAUCUUGAAGCAGGAAGGACCACAGGCGUUCUACAAAGGGACAGUUCCGAGGCUUGGCCGCGUGUGCUUGGACGUGGCCAUAGUCUUUGUUAUCUAUGAGGAGGUGGUCAAACUACUCAACAAUGUGUGGAAGACCCAGUAGACUGACCACACAGUGGCAGAGGUCCAGAGGGAAGCACAGACCAGUGCCUCAUGCUACACACAACUGAACACCUCUAUUCUAGUUCAUACUAGCUCUCUGCAUUAACCCCGAGCAGAUGACACUUCAUCUUAGACCAGUUUUCCACUCAUAAAAUAAAUGAUUUGCAGGACUUAACUAAACACAGUCAUAACGAGGGAAGGGAGAGUGACUAGUUGAAGAAAAACAUCUGUUUUGCAUUUCUCCUCUUUCUCUCUAGAGGCCAGACUUAGGAAUAAAGAUCAUUUUAUUUUGAAGGACAGGAAAAGGCUAAGUGAAAUGAAGUAGGUGACGUGUUAUUCUGUGCACCUGACCAAACUUAAUGUUAUUAACCAAAGGUUUAAAUUAGAAGGGGGAUAAAAAAGAAACACAAAAACUUGAGUAGGUUAAAAACAGAUAUUACGUAUGUCUAAUGUUUUAGCAUUCUAUGACUGUUGUUACCGUACAUGUUGUAAAGUGUAAACACUUUGUACUGAAACCAUAAAUGUGUCUUCUGAUUCACUGAGUACUUACUAUACUGAGGGAAGAACAGAGAUGCUUCUGGAUGCAACCAAGCCUGCUGCAGUACUUUAAAAUGUCCGUACAGUACUUCAACACAUGGUUGUUGUAAUUGCUUACUUGACUGUGCUCGUGGCAUCAUCACACUAAAAUAGUCGCACUUUUUCCUCGCUGUGUCUUGGUGAUGAAGUCUAGAUACUGUUCAUUGUGUAUUUAGUGGCCGCUGCUGACAACAAGAGUAUGGCUGCAUGAAUCUUGACGUGGCGUUCGUCGUGUUACGCACUGACAGUGGCUUGCAGGCUUGUUGAGGCUACACUAACUGGUCUGGAGUCAGUACCUCUCCUUCAGACAGUUUUAGAGUUUUAACCAGAUGACUAAUCAUGAAGCACAUAUUGUAUGAAACAAAUCCAUAUGUAGCACAAUCUUCACAUGCAGUCUUAAAGGGUUGGAGAUAAGAGUUUAUUAGUAGAAGUUUUUGAUAACUAAUUGUUGCCAUUGUGGGAAAAUUACUACAUUUUCAGCUGAGUUACUGACGUCUUCAGUAGGUGGUUGAAUUCUCCACAGCUGCAUGUGAAGGCUUUCGCUGGAAAAUGUGGCCAGACAUGCUUUGUCCAGAUCUUUGGUCAGGCUGGCCCAUGCAAUUUCCAACCAAGGUGCCGGUGCGCUGCCUUCUUCUCCACAUGCGGUUGCAGGAUGUAAAACAUAACUGACUUUGUAAGCCAUAUGAUUUCAAUGUGCUUGAGCUUUCAAUGAUUUCUUCAUGCUUCUUGAUUCACUUAUCAAACUAGACCCCAAGUAUGUCACUUUAAUAUUCUUUGUUUACCUCACCUUAACUUGUUUCAUAAGCUUUUUGUACACUAAUUGAUGAAAUGGUUAAUUAGUUGUCUUUUAAUGCAUUCACUCUUGUCUAACAUGGUGUUUACAUAUGUUAAGUUCCCAACAAGGGGAAAGUAGAUAUGUCAGAGGCUCGAUAACAAAACAAGUGUUUAAGCAAGGCUUGGUUUCAAUUGACCUAGUUGCACCACACACAGCCUUGCACAGAAGUCUUUUACUCCUCUUUGCCAAACUGCUUCAGUAGAAUCUCCAAUCUAAUAUCCCUGAUUGGAGAAAAUCCUUAGAGCACCACAAUACUGUUUAAUUGUUAUGUCUCUAUUGUUUUGGUUUCAUUAACAAAAGCACAUUUUAACUGUGUAGAAUCUUUGUGUUUAUGCUUUGCUGGCCAGGCUCAUCGUACAGCGCAUCCAGUUCAGUGCAAU